CGAUGAGUUACGACAGCUGAGAAACCUGCAUAGGUCUCGUUUAUUGAGGUAUUGAGUUGAUCCGGAGGUCGACCUGGACCUAUAAAAUUCUCAGCUUCGACCGGAGGAGCUUCAUCGUUGCACUACUGAAGAUACCACUUCUUUCGCACCAUCCUAGAUCAUGAUAUCCUUCCCUUCUACCUCAUGGCAAUCAUCACUCAUCCAAAAAACAACUUCUCGACGCUCAAGGAACGACGAAGACCCGUCUCACGGACGCGCAGCAACGGCCAUAACUCCCCGCCUCUAUCUUACCGAUUACCACACCGCUCGCACACCAGGCAACCUCGCACGUCUCGGUAUCACACACGUCGUAUCUGCUAUCGAUUUUGAUAUCACGGGCGUAUUUCCACCGCACGUCCAGGUCUUCCACGUUCCCGUGCGCGAUUUAGCCGAGGAGCAGAUUUGCGGAUGGUUCGAUCCCGUGGUGGAGUUUAUCAAGGAGGCGCUGGAUAAGGAAGACACAAAAGUCUUGGUCCACUGUUUCCAGGGGAUCUCGAGAUCACCUAUCUUGAUUUGCGCUUAUCUCGUCGCAACAACACCGAUGCACGCUUUGGAGACCAUUAAGCAUGUCCAAGCAAAGCGUGGAAUAGUUGCGCCAAAUAUCGGGUUUCGCAGACAACUUAUCAUAUGGGGUCGCCAGUUCGAAGAGGCCAAAAUCCGUGCUGAUCAGGAACACCGCAGAAAGAGGAGUAUAGGUGGUGUAUCGGAGCUGCUAGCCAAAAUGAUGAAACGGUCCAAGUCUGCACCUAUGCCUGCAGCACCGCUACUUGUGCAUGAGGACCGACAGGAAAUGUCUGUUGAAGGCUCACAAGUAGCCUCCCUAAUGGAGGCAAAGGCUGCAGCACUAGAAACUCUUCACAAGACAAAGGAGGCAGACAACUGAUCCUCCUUCACUAUGCCAUGUCUUGCUAUGAUAUACCCUGCAUGUUCGCACCCGCAUGUGGCCACACCUCAAUCAUCGAGGGAAAGAUAAGGAACCGAAGGAGGCUAAGGGCCAUUUCUCAUACCCCGCAUUUACCCCA